GCUACUGUAUUUACUAAAACGUGAUAUAAUAUGAGUCAAAAAGUGUUCAAAUUCGGUUCUAAUGAUUUAAUCAAGUUCAUUACGAUUUAUCGCAAUCACGAAUGUCUAUGGAAUACUGAAAAUGAAUAUUACAAGAAUCGUGAUGCACGUAAUAUUGCACUAGCAGAAUUUGCGCAGGAAUUUGGAGUUGACGGAUUUGGAACUAAGGAAAUAACGGCCAAAAUAAAAAGUUUAAGAACGCAGUAUCACGCGGAAAGAAAAAAGAUAAUAGAUUCAAUGGACAACGGUCGCGAUACAAGUGAUGUUUACAAAUCUAAACUCUCAUGGUACAAUUUAAUGGAUUCUUUUGUAAUGAAAACUUCUGUAAACAGAACUACGCCAUCGAAUAUGUACGACACAUCACUGGUUUUUAAAUUUGAAAAUACAGAAAAUUGUUCGAAUUCAACUGUACAAGUCAUCGACGAAAUCCCAAAACCGGUGCCCAUAAAAAAAAGAAAGAAAUCACAUGGUAAGAAAGAAAAGACCUCAAUAACACUGGAACAUAUUGAAAAGAGUGCGAGAUUAAAUAAAGAAGACAAUGAAUUGGACAAUUUUGGCAAAUAUGUUUCUUCUUCGUUACAAAGAUUAAGUACCAAAAACAUCAUACACGCACAGGACGAAAUACAGGCAAUAUUAUCUAAAUAUAAACUGCAGGAAUUAAAUGAAAGUCAAAAUUCUACUCCAACGCCAGAAUCCUCGUAUUCAAAACAAAGCAGUGAAGACGCAUGGUGCGAAUUGUAAUUUUAUAUGUUUAUUUCUUCACUAAAUACUUUGCUA